AGGGCGAACGUCACUAUGAAAAAGAGAGAGACAGACAGUGAAAGAGACAUUGCACUCAAGAUACAAAGUGGAACUGUUCUCUCUUCAUCAUGGAUUUCUCACCUGGGGUCCUGAUCCUGUGUUCGUUAUUAUGUUCAGUGGCUGGCCAGGCUCCUGUUGUCUCAGUGGAGCCCCGAACUGCCACUGUGCGCCAAGGGGAGACUGUCAGCUUUAGGUGCCAAGUGUCCGGCGGUGCACCCAUAGAGUGGAAGAGAGCCAAUAACCAAGCAUUACAAGACAAUGUUAAGCUUGGACCUGGUGGCUCUGUGCUGACGGUUGCCAACGCCCGACCUGGAAACCAGGGCCAGUACCGCUGCACAGCAAGCAAUUCUGCAGGCCGAGGCUCUGCCACAGCUGUGCUAAAUGUCAAAUUUGCCCCCAAAGUUCGGCUAACACCAGCGGGGCCCCUGCUGGUUAGGAUAGGUGAACCUGUUUCAGUGGAGUGCCGCGCCACAGGGAGACCACGGCCCACGUUGACCUGGAAACGCCAAGGCUCGACCCUGCAGCUGUUUACCACGGACACUAAUGAUGUCAACACCAUACAGUGGCCUGCGGUGCAUCCAGAGGAUUCAGGCGUUUAUAUUUGCCAGGCUGAAAACACUGAAGGGAUGACAGAGGUCAAAAUUGAGAUCACUGUUGAGGGGGGGCUGGGAGCACCAGUGGCUUCAGUAAGCACCACAGAAAUGACAGUGGUGGAAGGACAUACAGUCACAAUGUCGUGUCAGGCCACUGGCUCCCCUACUCCUGUCAUCACCUGGUCUAAGCUACGAGCCCCAUUGCCAUGGAAACACACAAUGGUUGAUGGAGUUUUGACACUGACCAGCGUAGGGCGCCAAGAUUCAGGACAAUACAUCUGUAACGCAACCAACAUACAUGGCUACAGUGAGGCGUACACGCAGAUGGAGGUGGAGAGCCCUCCGUAUGCCACCAGCCUGCCUGACCAGGCGAGGCUCCAGCCAGGAGAUGCCCUGCGCCUGCAGUGCCUUGCCCACGGCUCUCAUCCUAUUCGGUUCGAGUGGAGCCGGGUGGGCAGGGCGAGCCUGCCUGCAGGAGCACAGACCACAAAGGAUGGAAAGCUGCUCAUAGCCCAUGCUAGACUGAGUGACAGUGGAACGUACAAGUGUGUGGCCACCAACCACAUUGGCUCCAGUGAGGCAGUGGCCAAAGUCAUCAUAAAGGCUUGAUCCGUUGUGGUCAUUACUGUGUCUGACUGACAAACCUUCUAUGCAGUGCUUUCAACUUCUGCAAGCCUGGUUUGUAGCCAUCAAGACGGUUCAGCGGUUAAUACUGAGAAAUCAGACAAAAUUAUAUUUAAUAGUUUCAUAUAUUUUGAUGUAUUAAAAAGAUAUUAGUGCCAAAUUGUUUGGUUUUAUUGUGCAAAUGGGAUUUCAUUUUGUACUUGUAUAGAUAACUGAUAAUGUUGCUCCCGUGUCUCAUAUCUGCCUUUGCAAAGCUACUCUGUAA